AUGUCUGAAUCUGACGUCAGUGAGAGCACCAUUGUCACCUUUCUGCUCGCAACAGUGAUGGAAGCCCUUGAAAGAGGAGCCAUUGAGGCCAUUCAGUCUAAAGACUACUUGACCUAUAGCACAUUGCUCGACAUCUACCUUGGGGAUCCCACCAGGUUCACUAUUCCUGAGAGAGAAGAGCUCUUGGGCCACUUAUUGACCAUUUUAAACAAUCACAAGGAGUUGACCUAUGAAAUAGGAUGGGACUUGCCCAGUUUGCUUAUCGCAUACGUUAAGUCGGAUUUCACCUUUAAUGGGCCUCUUCGUGAUGCCCCAUGUGUCGUUAAGAUCUUGAAGUGCUUCGAGGUCUUGGCACACUAUGGAAACCCUAAGGAAUUGUUUUUAAAGUGUUGUGAAGUCAUGGCAAGUUUGCAAAUUCAAGAUGAGAAUGACGAUGCCGAAGAAGUAGAGUCAGAAGAGGUUGAUACCGAUUCAACUGAAAGUGGACAAUACCACACAAACUCUAGGGAGGAAAUUGACGAAAAAUUCUUUGAUAUUAAGCUCUAUUGUAUAUUCGAGUUGAUUGAUAGUUGCUUGAAGAAAAUUAAGACUGUUUAUCCUUCAAGAUUCUUGUCCAUGACCAUUACCUCCUUUAUAAACUUGGUUUACGCCAAUAGGGACAGUCGCGACUUGGAGUUUAUGACAAAGAGGGCCUACAGUUUUACCAAAAACUACUCAAGUCCCGGAUUUCCAGAGAACCACGGAUUUUCAGAUGAGGAGUUAGCUAAGAUCAAAGACGACGAGGACUACUUGCAAAGAAAAUUGUUGACAGGAUUCGUUUCUCAUGUGUACUAUAUCACCACCGCCAAUUAUUUGACGGGAUAUACUCACGAGUACCUCAACUACAUUGCAGGUCCAGGGGCCCAGGACCGUCCUGGUAUUAUCGGAUCUCUUGGAGAACAUACACAUUUGGAUUCAAGAAUUUGUGAUAGGAUGGUUGGAUUGGCUGAAUCUUUGGAUAUUCCAUUGAGCGAUAACUUCAAGAAAUUUGUCACUGAUUCCCAUGCCUUAUUGGACUCGUUUGACUACACUAAAGACGAAGAUGAGUUGAGUGGAGAGAUAUUUGAAAAAGCUGUUAUCAAUUUCCAACAAACUUUGGGUGGCUCGAUUGUUGAUAGUGAUGGUAAGAGUAUCAAUGAUUCGCUUCAAGGUUUCUUGCUUUUCUAUACCCACUUAGUGGUUACAAAGAAAGAUUUUGAAGUGUCUGUGACCUUCAAGGAUGCUUUAGUAUUGACCUUGAGGUUGCUUAUUCCUGCAAUGGUCAAUGAAAGAUUCUCUACUCGUGCAAUGAAGGACCUUUGUCUUUACUGGAUGUGGCAUGCCCUCCAUUUGCUGCAAGUGGAUAGCAAGAAGAUCGAAUUGGAGGUGGCUUCAAUCCCAAAGGUCUUAUUGACUAUAUAUUGUCACCUACUUUUGUUCAUAUGUCAAGAUAGAUACUUGAGAUAUAUUGGUUUGACCACAUUGACAAAGGUGUUGACUUUUGUUCCUGAAGACAUUUCCUACGAAUUCUUCAAGGACUCGUUGCACAGUGUCCCAUUUGAGAGUAACAAGGCGUUAUUGGUGGGUGUAUUGAAAGAAUUAUUGACGAAAGAAAGGAAUCAAAAUGUGGAUGAGUUAGAACUGAAAUUAUCCAAGGUGUCACUCGAGGAACCAGGAAAGGAAGCACCAUCACUUCCAGCAAGAAACACAACUCCACGUUCUAAGUACUUGAAUUUGACAGAAGUACGAUUCGAUGAUAUUCUUGAGCUUAUUCAAAAAUCCAACGAGGAAACAUUUGUCAAGCAAGACGAAGUCACUGUCAUCGAUCCAUCCAAAUUGUCCACUUUAUUAGCAUACUUGAACUUGAUUGUCGUUUUAAAAUCAUUUCCAGUAGUUGUCAAGGGCAGAGACGGAUUGGAUAAAACUCUAAGCGAAGUGAAGGCCAAUAUUGAGGAGAUAAAGAAAAAGCACAACCCGGAGAAAAACAAUUCACUUGAGUUGAAUGCCGCUGGUAUGUUGGAGCUUACUUUAGAUAGAAUUGGCAAUUAG